UGGGUUGAGCUGCGGGGUCUCAGGUUUAAAACCCGGGCGAGGUAAAAGACUUGAUUUUUCCCCAUCUGUUAGAGCUUUGGAGGAGGAUAGUGUUACCAGGGUCGCUGAAUCCAAAAAAGUACUCAAUUCUCUCAGAAGUUCUUAUUAUCUCUACGAGAUUAUCCCAGAGAAGAACCGGAGAGAGAUCUCCAAGUACCUCUUCCAAGAGGGAGUAUGCUUUGCGAAGAAGGACUACAAUUUGGCGAAACAUCCCAACAUUGAUGUGCCAAACUUACAAGUGAUUAAGCUGAUGCAAAGCUUUAAGUCGAAGGAGUACGUGCGCGAGACCUUUGCUUGGAUGCACUACUACUGGUAUCUUACCAAUGAUGGCAUCGAGUUUCUCAGGACUUACCUCAAUCUUCCUUCUGAAAUUGUCCCUGCCACAUUGAAGAAGUCUGCCAAGCCCCUUGGUCGUCCCAUGGGUGGACCUCCAGGCGAUAGACCCCGUGGACCACCUAGGUUUGAGGGUGAUAGGCCAAGGUUUGGUGAUAGGGAUGGGUAUCGUGCUGGUCCAAGAGGUCCACCUGGUGAAUUUGGAGGCGAGAAGGGUGGAGCUCCAGCAGACUACCAGCCUGCAUUCAGGGGUGGUGGUGGAGGUGGAAGACCUGGAUUUGGGCGUGGAGCUGGAGGUUUCGGUGGUGCACCCCCUAGUUCAAACUUCUCUUAGGUUGCUAUUGUUUUGUGUUAUUUAGCCAAAUUUUGAUCUUCAGAUGUUGGAAUUGACUUAAUCUAUCUUGGAUCUUUAAUGAACUGCUACAUUUUCUGGUCA